GGUUCAUUUUCAUUCUUUUUUUUUAUUUUCGCGUAGCAAAUAGCAGCCGUGCAACGUCCCUUGAUCAGGCACCGCUGUCAUUAAAAGAAGGGAAAUCUCCAGUUGUUAUUCAAAGCUUGUCGAUCAGAUGCUCUGAAAAGGACCAGGCUUGAUGAAUUGAAAGGAAGCGACUGCAAACUGGGGACCUAUGAAUCCAAACAAGCGCCGAGACAGGGAGACAGGACGAGCAUCCGGAGGCCAAGACAACUCCAAGAAGCUGGCAGUAAAAGAACUCAUAGAACGUUACUACUACCAGUUGACGGAGGGCUGUGGUCGUGAGGGCUGCUCCAACGAGAACUGUGCUUCUAGCGGCCGCUUGAAUCGCCUGUCGCCAAAUGAGGCUGCCGCCCGAGCCCUGCAUCUAAUGAUGGCCAAGGCAGCACUCUGCAACAGAGCUGCCUCCAACCACACUGUAGAGCUAGCACCUGAAGCAUCUUCAUGUAGGUUAAGUGAGCAGCGUAGCAACACCAUGUCCGCAUGCGGCGAAGGUGCUACAUCAGCGGAACCUUCAGCAGCGUCGCAGCAAAUGGAAUUGGACUCUGAAAGCACCGCACACCAAGCUCCAAUUGUCUGUGAAACAGUAACACAAAGUGAAAAAAGUGCAAAUGGUGCUAGUAUCAACACAACAGUGCUUGCAGCGUCAAGCUUAAGAGAUGAGCUACGCCCUCAGGACAUGGAAAUUGACCUGUACUGCACCUUCAAUGAUAACAGCCCACUAACAGUCCUGCCGAAGAAGCCGAUGAGUGUAAAAAAUGCCCUUUCCCCACAGGAAAAGCCUGCCACCUCGGGAACAACAGCGCCAGUAGAAACGGCUCCAAAGGCUCCGCGAACAUAUCGCAUGCUGACUGAGGAACUGCUCAUUGGCCUGGUGACUGAAUGUCGCUCCUGCGGCAAUUACACGCCCCUCAUCCAUGCACUGGGCCAGGUGUUUUCACGGGAGAAGUUCCUCAAGCGCAGCUUUCCGCAGAGGCCGUCACCUUCUUCAGAGGAUGGAGGCCUGACCAAAGAGGACCUGCGUGCUAUGGAGGGCGACAUGGACAAAGACCAGGACUCGCUUGAACUGGAAGGCGGCAUGGCAGCCAGUGGUAGCGAUGACAUGCUCGUGGAGGCGGGUCUGUCGGAAGCGGUGCCUGACGGUGUGUCUAGGGACGUUGCAGCUAUGUUAAAAGAACUGGUGAACCAGGAUAUUCCGGUGGAUGUAGAGUCCGUCAGGAGGUCCUAUGAUGUCUUGUUUUCUAUACCAGACCUUCCUUUUCUCGACGCAUUAGUGAAUGCCAUUAUGAUCCUCUGCGAGAACCUGGAAAUUGGCCUCAAGUACCACGAGGCUUACCAGAGGGACCCCAGUUUGCUUUCAGUGUUUGUGGUGCUGCUGGAGCUUCCGCUUCUCGAGGGACCUCUGUGCGGGAGUGCACUCCAUGCACUGUGUCGGGCUUGUGCCCUGCUGCCGCCUGAGGCCCAAGCAAGGCUGGCCAAGCAGUGGGGGGCCCACUGCCCUCCCCACAGGCUGCGCAACACCCUCAAUGCGCUUCAUCAGGUGCUGACUGCACGUGUCAUUGAGGGACACUUUGGCCGGGACUUUGGCGUGGCCGACGACGAGCUGCUGGUGGCAUCCAUCAAGACCAUGAAGAUUCUGUUCAUGUCCAACGUGCUUGGAGGUGAGCUAGAGCAGUGUAGAGAAGACGACGAUGAAGUACUCACCACAGACGAUGGUCGGCCUGUCCCAAAAGACCCAUCUCAGAUGCUCAAGGACGACCCACUGUGGGACCUGCUGGGUGUCAAGGUGGCGGACUGCCGCAAGCCACUCAUACCAUGGGAAGAGUUUUACAACGAACCCUUGAGUGAGCAGCUGGAAACAGACCGAGGGUUUGUGCACUCCCGGGGAGCGAACACCAAGGAGGGCCACUUCUCCUUCCUGGGCCACGCUUUUGUUCUGACACCCGCUGUGAAGGCACUGGGCUUGUACUAUGACAACCGCAUCCGCAUGUACAGCGAACGACACCUGUCAGUGAUUCAAAUGUUAGUUGGUGGCGCACCGGCUAACCCUUACCUUCGGCUCAACGUGCGCCGCGAUCAUCUCAUCGACGAUGCACUUCACAGGCUAGAGUUGGUCGCCAUGGAGAGCCCAUCAAGCCUGAAGAAGCAGCUGGUAGUGGAGUUUGAAGGGGAGCAGGGAAUUGACGAAGGCGGUGUUUCUAAGGAGUUUUUUCAGCUUGUUGUUGAAGAGAUCUUCAACCCCGACAUAGCGAUGUUCACUCUGAAUGGUGAGACUCAAACAUACUGGUUCAACCCGACGUCUUUCGAAAGUGACGCUCAGUUCAAGUUGAUUGGGAUCAUUUUGGGCCUGGCCAUCUACAACAAUGUCAUCUUGGACGUGCACUUCCCCAUGGUCGUCUACCGGAAACUGCUGGGGCGCAGGGGCACCUUCCAUGAUCUUCAAGACUGGAAUCCUAGUUUAGCAAAUGGCUUGCAACAGCUGCUGGACUACAAAGGGGAUGAUAUGGAAGAGGUUUUUGUCCAAAGCUUUAGAAUCACCUACAAGGAUGUGUUUGGCACUGUGCUCUCUCACGACCUGAAGGAAAAUGGUGACACCAUUCUAGUCAACCAGGACAGCAAAUGGGAAUUUGUUGACCUGUACACAGACUUUUUGCUCAACAAGAGCAUAGAGAAGCAGUUCCGUGCAUUCCGUCGUGGUUUCUUGCUCGUGACUGACGACUCUCCCUUGGAGAUGCUUUUCCGGCCAGAGGAAGUGGAACUGCUUGUCUGUGGCAGCAAGAAUUUUGACUUUAAUGCGCUCGAAGAGUCGACUGAGUAUGACGGCUACACAGCCAACAGUCCUAUUAUAAGGCAUUUUUGGGAGCUGGUGCAUGAAUUCAGCCAAGAGCAGAAACGAAAGCUGCUUCAGUUUGCAACGGGCAGUGAUCGGGUGCCAGUGGGAGGCCUCUCGAAGCUCAAGCUGGUAAUUGCGCGUCAUGGUACAGACUCGGAAAGGUUGCCAACAGCGCAUACCUGCUUCAACGUGCUUCUCUUGCCCGAGUACUCUUCCAAGGAGAAGCUGGCCGACCGCCUGCUCAAAGCCAUUAACUACUCGAAGGGAUUUGGCAUGUUUUAAUGGCCUUUCCUGAUCCCGACUGCGUUCUGCAUCUUGUACCAUUGACAAGUUCCCUCUCCCUUCCUGCAUCGACAAGUGCGCUUGGCUGGAGACUUUUUUUUUUUUUUUUCGUGUGUGUGUGGGACAUUGUUUUUCACUCCUUCUAUCCAACUGCAUUGCAGGCACAAAUGAACAGGGUGCCUGCCUAUAACAUGACAGUUAGACAUAAAGGCUACUUACUCAGCUGUGCAAAAAGACAGAGCCACGCUUAUUCAUGCUUGCCUCACUUUUGUGGCCGUAGCCUUUCUAUAGUGGGGCACCGUGGAGUGAAGAAUGUUGCUUUGUUUCUGUGGGAUCCAGAUGGGAUGAAGAUGGCCCCACUUCCAGAAGAUUGCUUGCUUUUGUUAGCUUUUAUCCAUUCUAAUGAUGUUGAGGUGAGUAAAGCAUUGGAAGUGUCACAGAGGAUUGAAUUUGCAUUCAGGUGGAUGUAAUGAUGCUUCGAGAAACAAUAGGCAGCUCUGGGCUUAGAAGGAAAACCUUUUUACUGCAACCCAUAAAUUCAGUGUGGUGUGCUGCUUUUGUAUGACCACACAAGUUCCAUGUUUCUAAGAGGGCAAUAUGAAUGGCUUGUGUUUUUUUUUUUUUUUUUUCGAAGCGAGUGUCUCUAUGUAUCUUAGUAUAUAGGCUGCGAAUACGUAAAUUUUGCGACUUUGGUAGCGGGAAAUGUGUGCAUGUGGUGGGCACUUUCGUCACCAUUUGCACUUUCUAGAACCACACUGCUAAGUAACCAGAGGAGGCAGAAGUCGAUACCUGGUCGCGUUACGAAAAUGCAGUAUAACGUCUGAAGAUGAGCAUAACCUUUUUGUCUAGCAUAACAGUUGGCUGCUUCCAUUGUGUCCUGGCAUCUUUCGUGCAUUGUCCUGAAAGAAUAUUGUUGUCUAUGGAGCCACUAAAGAGAACCAUGGUGUGUAUUAGAAGGGUCAUGGAUAGCAACAAGCAAAUCAUGUACUACGUGUGCUGUAAUUUUGUCAUUUGUAAAUUUGUUUUUUUGUACAUAUACAAUGCAAAAAGCCGUAGGAUCGCAGAAUGCAAAACCCUCCUUUUGGGAAGUAGCUAGCAAUGUUAAGCUCUUUGAAGGCCUUUACCAAGCAGUUGGCAUCGAGGAGUGAGAUGCGGUUAGUUUUUAUUUUCACCUUGUGUGCAGUAAUAAGAAUGUUUUCUACAUGCUGUGUAUACACAUAUACAUAACGCUUGAAGAAUGUCAGGAAUAUGAAUUUGAUGACAUUGUCUCCUGCUGUCCUGUAGGAGGGGGCUCUGAUGAAUCAAAUUUUUCAGCAAAAAGGGUUGAGGGUGGCUUGUGUUUACCAUCACUGUUUUUUUUUUUUUUUCAGUUGAAGAACAAAGUACCUUAGCUGCAGGCAGAUAAUUGGUUGUUGCAAGUGAGGCGUGUUGUUAGACAGAUUGCCAGUAAACUUGACCAUCUGUCUAACAGCCCUGUGCUUGUAUCGACAUCAUGUUAAGUGAAAUAAAGUCAGUUUCUUUUGUU